GAAGUCUAGGCCCUGAUUAGAAUGUCGUAGUAGAAUGGAGAAGCAAACGGAGGUUGGAGUGUUGUUGACAGAGCCUGGGACUUUACAUCCAGCGGACGAACCAAGGACUGAUGGCGGCGGGGCAGCAGCAGAUAAUGGCAUUACUAUUCGUCAGGGCAGCAUAAGGGCUGGCGUGGGUUUAAAGGAAUAUGUCGCCCAGGUGCUGCGGCAACUCGGGUACAAUGGUCCACUAUGCUGUGAAGAAGCCCUGGUACAUUCAGCAGAACUGGGUGCUGCCAGCCAGCAUUUCACAUCCCUCUGUGUCUGGCUAGUUUCUGAACUCAAGGUUGUGUCCUCAAUGGUAGAGAACAUCAGCCCUACAGAAGGGCCUGAGGAUGCAGAGACCUUCCAGCUAGAGAUGAGUGGUGUGGUGAAUGAGCUUCACUGUCCUUAUACCGCAUUGACUACAGGGGAUGUGACCUGCAGACUGACCAACCUUGAUAACUGCCUCCAGCUCCUUGUAUUUCUCAGUACAGAGCUUCAGGCUGCAAGGAUAAUAUCUAACAGGAAGGUUCCAGCUAUGGGCUCAGAAGGAGGCAGCACAGAAGCUGUAGAGGAACUGAAGCAAGUUGGGGAAGCUGUGGGUAUGCCAGAACACUUGCUUGCUGUCCCAGCAGCUGAAUACAUGCGAAUGCUGCAGAUCAAGAUUGCUGAGAUCACAGAUGCCGUCCCGGAUUUUUCACGGACUGCCCCUCUUUUGAAGACAGAACUGCAGCCUUCACAAUGGGAGAAGCUAGCAGAUCUACACUGGCAGCUGCUCAGAGAGUAUGAAUGCAGAAUGAGGAUGCUGGUCACUCGAUGUGAUGUCACAGUGCAGUCGUUCUAUUGGUCUGAGAGAGCAAAGGAACUUGGAGCUGCUAUGAAGGAGGUUUACUGGCCCUUGCGUCAGUCUCUGAAGACAGAGACCCGCAUAACAAUGGCCCACCUCCUGGCUGCACGAGAGGAAGAUUCUCGAAUUCUUCAUACAUGCAGUGCUGUCUUUCGCCAAAAUACUCAGAGUUCUGUCAAUAAGGUUCUCAUGGCAGGCAAUGUACCAGAUCGAGGAGGACGGCCCAAUGAAAUUGAGCCUCCAAUGCCCACAUGGACAAAGCGCAGAGAAGGGGGAGGAGGGCAGCAGUGGUGGGGAAAACGCAAUAAAAGGAGGAAGAAGUAAUGGUGGAGAGAGCCCAUGGGAUCCAGGAUUGGAGAAACAGAAGGCUGCAUCCUUGAAUCCAGCUUCAGUGCCCGUAAAUCCUCUUGCAAGUCACUCAGCUGGCUCUGCAGCCUGGCAUUUUCCACUAACAGCUCAGAAUUGGAGCUAUGUAGUCCGGCAUUUUCUAAAAGCAGAUUGUCCCUUUCCUGCAAUGUAUCACA